UCCUCUCUCCCCCUCCUUUUCUGAGCUCUUUUUUUUUCAACUUUUUUUUUGUGCUGCAAAGUCAGGCAGCAUGCCAGUAGUCUUCCUCGUGCUGCGGUCCCUGCUUAUCAGGCUCUUCAGUAGCAAACUGGCAGGCUCAGCGGCACAGUUCCUCAGGAGAAUCCUCUCUACGGGAGCUGCCCACCUUGGCACGGCACUGCGCCACAUCUGGGACCGCAUUCGAUCCCAGGAGUCCAAGGAAGCCGUCCUGGGCUGUGUGCUGUGCAUUCUCAACAUGCACAAGAAGGUGGAGAACUGAGCUCUGCCUCCACUCGCUCCUUAACCCUCCACUCCCUGCUGAACACAGACUGGACACUUGUGAGUGAGGAGACGACGUACUGAGGGAUGUGAGAGACUUCUUUAAGCCUAUCUGGACUUAAGUUUGAGGUUUUUUUUUCUGAGCUGGACACUGGAAAUGUCUGAGAGCAUCGUGAGGAAGGUCCAGCCCUUCACCAUCGGGACACGGCUGUCAGUCCCCGCUGUGCCAAAAUGUCAGGACUUUACACAGAGUUACCUACAGAGCCAGAGUCUGGAUAACUGCACGCUACAGCACAACCUGAACUCGCUCUACCUCAGCCGAUCCCAGGUCUGUGCACAUGGCCCAUGUCUCGUCUCACCCAUCGUUAAGCAGGUUUCCCCGGUCAAACAGAACCAGGAGGACAUGGCGGAGGAGGACCACCUAAACCAGAACGUGUCGUCUCCCUCUGCAGUCUCCAGGUCCAUUAAGAAGAUCACCAUCUCUGGGAGUAAAGACAGAUCAGAGACCAAGGCGUCAGUGAGACCGGCACAGCGUUUUAUUGUGGGGUCAACAUCUGAAAACAACAACAACAACAACAACGUCAGCAGCUCCUCGGAUCCACAUCUGCCCAGGAUUGUGGGUGUGAGCUGUGAAAACAAGCCCAGCUCUCAGUUCAAGGUUUUACUCAGAAAAGAAAACAGUGAUGAGGUUCAGCGUGCGCAGGGGCCGAGCAGAGUGACACUGAACGGAGAGAGAGCGCUCCAACAGAUUUCAGGUCCUGAAUCCCAGAAGAAAGAGCCUCAGAGGAGAGAAGGCCUUCUGCACACACAGAGCGAUGCCUCAGCAGCUGUUACGUCCCAGAGUGACUUCUUCUCUCAGCGCAACUCGCUCUUCAACAAGGAAGUGCUGCAGGCAGAGGCCUGGAUCAAAGGAAAGCUGCAGGACUUGAAGGAUGGCUGUAAUAUUCAGCGCUGCCCCCUGCAGGACUGGGAGGAGGCCUCGCAGACGCUCCAGAGAGACCUCAAAGACUUUGAGAACACCUUGAUUCAACUCAACCAGAUGGGUGAGCAGCUGAUCUGCAAGCUGAACCCGUCCUCUGACCUGGUGAAGAAGCAGCUCGGUCAGCUCAGGGACCAAUGGCAGGCCCUGAAACAGACGGCUGCCAAUCAGACGAGAGCGCUGGGCGGAGCCAAAAACCUGCAGGAGUUCAACAGAAAAGUGGACAAGUUGGAGGCGUGGAUUAAAGAGAAGGAAGAGGAGCAGUCUCUGGUGAAUGUCCUCGGGGAGAAUGUUGACAAAAUGCAGCUGACCAGGAGGAUUUUAGAUCUGAAACAGGACGAGCAGCUCUACAGAAACCUCCACGAGGAGAUCAACCACUUGGCCCUGAGACUGGAGAAACAAGGGAAGACAGAUGGCAAAAACAUCUCCAGCAAGAGGAAGCACAUCAACAAAAUGUGGCUGAAGGUUCAGUCUCAUCUCAAAAACUACCAUGAAAACCUGCAGCUGGCCCUGGAGUGUCCUCGUUCUACCAACAGGCUGAUAAUACGCUGUUUGCCAUUAACAACAUGAAUAAAAGCAUAUCAGCAUCCAAAGAGCUGGACAGCUUCGGAGACAGAGAAAUACGAGACAUCGCCAGUCAGAUCAUGAUGCUGGAUGUGAG